UUUGCCGGGCUUCGGCGCUCGAUCGCCGUUUCGCAGCAGUUCGCCCGGACACCCUUCACGCCAUGGACUCUUUCCGCAUUUUUCACCCCUGCUUCAUUGCAAUUGGUGUGACAUGUCUGGUAGGCGUAUCGUCAGGAUUCACAUACUCGCCGCCGCGGGUUGACGAGAUCUGCGGCACUCACAACGGGCGCAAGCUGUACCUGGACCUGGGCGACCGGGGCACCCUGAGAGCGUCGUUCGUGGACGACGCCCUUCUGCAGCAGGAGCAGCGCACGUCGCACGCCACGUGCAGCCUCGAAAUCGUCACUUGCCCCGCGUGCGUCAUCACGGCCACCUUCAAGUACCUCAACCUCUCGUCCUGCAGCACAGACUCCUCUUGCAGAUGCGACUACGUUUGGAUUUUUGAGCCGCCGUUCGAGUCGUCAGGCAGCCCGUUUUGCGGCAACAACGGCGGCGGGCAGUCAUACAGGUCGCUCACCAGGACUUUGCACGUUUCCUACCUCUUCAGCACGAAGCGUAGGGAUGCUUUCGAGAUCGAGUACCGCGCAGAAAGAAACAAGCAGGUUUUGGGCCUGACACCGUCCACAGCGAUUACGAAGUCAGGCUUCGAUGGCAAUGCGACGCGCGGUGGUGAGCUCGUUUCGCCUUUCUUCCCUGCCAAUUAUCCGCGCGACAUCGGCAUCGAGUACGUGAUCACCACCAUGGACCAGAAGUCCAACGUCCAGGUCAUUUUCACCGACUUCCAGCUUUCUUCCUCCAGCAUAAUCGAGAUGUACGAUUGGAACGGGCAAAGACUGCAAGUGUCGUCCGGCGCGUCUUUCCGGCCGCCGAUCGUCAUUUCGUCAGGUCCAUCCCUCAUUAUCAGGUUCUACGCUAACGGAGGAUUUGGACUGGGCUUUAAGGCCGUUUACACCUUUCUAACAAAUGAAGAAGCGAACAAAAACCAACUGAAGCAACCUGACACGGACUGCGGGGGUUUCGUGGAAAAUCCGGGAGGAGCAAUUACCAUGAUGCACAUGACGGAGGAAGGAAGCCUGAAGAACUUUGACUGCAUCUGGGUUGUGAAGCCACCGCGAAAUUACUUCAACCUCAAGUCGCACCUCUACGUCAAAAUCACCCAGUUUUCAGAUUUCGGUGGAAAUACGGAACUGAUUGUGCGGCAAGGCAUGACUUCCGAGGGUGUGGUGGUGGAGAGCCACCGCAGUCCUGUCUCCGAGAUCCAGCCCAAUUCGCGACUUUCCAAAGAAAUGAUCAUCCCGGUGGACGUCGGUUUCUACAUUUCGCUCAGAGGCGUCUUUUCCUCGCGCUCCAAACUAACCAUCGUCUACGCAGCCUUCAGCUACAUGGACUGCUUUGCGGGAACGGAUUUUCUGUGCAAGAACCACCGGUGCAUCUCGACGCGGCUGACCUGCGAUGGGUUCGACCACUGCGGAGACAACUCUGACGAGCCGACCGCAACCUGCAUGCAGGAGUUCUGGACGGAACACAUUCAAUACGACAAACGACGCUACACAGUCACGCCAAACUACUACUUUCCCAAGAUGGAGCGCUACCCUGACCUCAGGACGGCCACCCUGGUCUUCUUGAUCAGCAGUUUGGGCCUAGUGAUGCUGGUCGUUGCCCUGAUCGUGUUGCUCUACAGAAUGGGCGCCAGGGCCAGGCAGCAAAGGGACCUGCAAAAUAGACUCCGCACCAUCAGCGAACUUUUGGCAGACAGUGCUAGCAUUGAACCCGAGUUGGCCCCUGACGAGCCGCCGACCUACGAGGCGCCACCUGGCUACGACGAGAUCAUCAAGGUGGUCAGCAGGCGCAGUCUCGAGCUGGCCGGACCCAGCGGCGUGCCGAGCAGCGCCGAAGGACGCGGCAGGACCAGGAACAAGAGCAAAUCCAGGGGCAGGAGGCGCGCCAAGUCCACGCCAGGCAUCCCCUCCACGAGGGAACACAACGUGACCCUGAGAGUGGCUCUGCCGCGCUCGAGGUCGCCUCCUUCUCGCAGGGCCUCUACCGCCUGGUCCGAAUCCCAGGGAGGCUCGGCGCCGAUAAUUUUGCACGCAGUCAGCAAUCCAGGAACAACCCCCAUCCCUGAUUCUCCGCCUCCGCCAUAUAUGACAGAGCCUUCGUUGGCAGGAAACUUCUCUCAAGACUCGCUGUUCGCGCGUUCAGCCCUUCAGGAGGUUGACACGCUGUCCACCCUGAGUACCCUGAGCAGUCAGGACGCCGCGGAGGCGACGUCGCCGACGAGGAGCGUCGUCGAAUCAGCGCUGCAACUGGCGGCGCCGACGCCGUGCAGCGUCAUCUGCAAGCUGGCGUCGGUGGAGGCGUUCGAAGACCUGGAAGCGUCGCGCGAGUCGGUGCUGAGCGGCGUCGGCGCGUCGUCGUCGCCGGCGGCGGCGUCGGCCAAUUUCGCGCACUUCGAGUGCGUGGACGAGUACCCGGCGUGCGGCUCGGCCACCGCCAGCAAGAGCACCAGCAUCGACGGCGACCUGUCGGUCGGCACCGCCGCCGAGGACCUGCUCUUCUCGGCGCCCGUCUCCGCCCUCCACUCCAGGACGCCCAGCUCCGACUGCCUCGACGAAAUGCAGUUGCUGCCGAAGCCGCCGACCAAGCACGACAACCUGAACCUGAGCCAUCAGGUCAAACUGCUGAAGACGCAGAUCCAGGAGCAGCGCGCCAAAAUGAGCGGGGAGGACGAGUCGGAGGGCAGCGGCAGGCCGGGGCCCAGCUCCGGCUCGGCGUGGGUCUUCGGGCCGGCCCUGAUCGACGUGGAGACGGAGAACAUGCUCAACAGGUUCAUCGAGGUGGUGCAGCGGCGCGAGAGCAGCUGCAGCAGCUCCUCCGACGACUCGCAGACAAAACAUUUCUUCUAAAGCAAAUUAACUGCAGAAAUCUUUGCUUAAAGUACAGCUUUACAGCGCCAAAAUUGAAGAGCAUUCAGUUCAAGCCAAAAUUGAGGAAAGUUAGCAAAUGGCGAGGAGUGUCUCCUUACUUGAAAUCCUAUUUAAUUUAAAAAAAAAGAGUUUUCCUAAAAGGUUUCACACGGUGUUGCACAGAUCUCGACGAGAGGAAUCGAAAUCUGCCAGCGAAAAUGUGGUCGAGCGAUUGAAAUUUUGGAGAAAAUUUGAACUUUACCUGGAGCAAGGUCCUUUUUUAUUAUUUCAAAAUAUCUCAUCGACCAACUGCAACAGCAUCCCAAUUGAUUUUUUCGCUUUAUUUCGAUCCCUCUCGUCACAAUGGAAUUAUGUGCGAAAUUGUGAAAUGAAUCGUGAUUUUCCAAUUAAUGCUCGCCGCUUGAUUAGCAUAAGCUGAUUUACUCAAAUAUUUUAAACGGCAACCUUUCAAAAAUGUCUGCAAAGCUUUACUUUAACUACUCUGGAAAAUCCGCAACUACGCGAGAUUUAAAUAAGUUGUUUUUGCUGGAGAAACUGCAAUACUUAAAAUAUUGCUUGGCAAAAGCCAGCAGUGUUAGGAAAAUAAGUUAAAUAUAAUUAAUUCUUCAGUUAUUUGGAGACUGUUAAACGAAUGAAUCAAAUCCGACCACUUCGAACAUAUCAAAAAAUAAUAAUUUAAAACCGUGUCAAAGGAAUAAAAUGCCGUCGAUGUAAUUUCUGUUUUAAUUGCUUGUUUCUUAUAAAAUUUUAAUAGGGAAUGAUUGAGAGCUGUGAUGAUACGAUCUAAUAUUUUUGUAAAAUACUCCUCGUAGGUACAUAAAUAAAGUAAAAAUGCUAGCAAAAGUAUA